UUUCAUUACGGUUUUCCUCAGCACAGGCACCGUUGUUUGCAGAUUUACUAAAAGUCUGCACGGGGAACAUUCAACUGUUUUUAAAAAACAAUUGUUCAAGUAGAGCACCAAACAAAAGGACGAAUCUGUAACUAUUGAGUACCUGGACCACAGAAACAAAACUGGGUGAACAUGGAGGCAGGAGAGGACCAGAACACUGGCUCUGCCAAUGGCAACACUCAGCCCGGAACCAACUCCCGCCCCCCUCAGAUCGCUCACAUGUCUCUGUACGAGAGGCAAGCUGUGCAGGCUCUGCAGGCUCUCCAGAGACAGCCCAAUGCAGCACAGUACUUCCAGCAGCUCAUGCUGCAGCAACAGAUCAACACAGCUCAGCUUCAUAACCUCGCCGCCGUACAACAGGCCACGCUGGCGGCCAGCCGUCAGUCAAGCUCUCCUAGCAACAGCGUCACCCAGGCGACCAGCACCACCCACUGCACCGUGAACCUCAGUACCUCCUCUGGUGGCACCAUGACCAACGCACGUCCCAUCGGACCUGCCACCUCCGCCACCUCGUCGGCCCUCACGCAGCCUGUUCUGCUGGGGGGCAGUGCUUCCGGACAGGGCCAGAACCUCUACCUGAGGGUGAACCGGCCUCUGAGAGCCCCCCUGGCCUCCCAGCUCAUCUUCAUGCCUGGUGGCACGGCAACAGCUGUGGCAACCGUUGCCCAGCAACAGCCUCAGCAGCAACAGCAACAGCAGCAACAGCAACAACAGAACCAGGAAGUCACUCCUACCUCUAUGCAGUCAGACAAUGACCAGGUUCAGAACCUGGCCAUGAGGUGCGUUUCCACACCACGCGUGGCUGCCAUCAAGACUGAGUUCCCAGAACGCAAGGAUGCGGCCACAUUCACCAUGGGCCAGCAGCAGGCUCAGCAACAGCAGUUUCCCCAGCAGGCUGCCCCUGGCCAGCAGCAGCAGCAGCUCCAGAACGCCCCUACGCAGCAACAGCAACAGCUGCCCACCGCCAAGCUGGCCUCCUACGCCCACCCCAACAUGGCAGCUGCAGCUGGCAUUGCCGUCAAGGGUGCCGCUGCCGCCACCCAGCCAGCCAUGCCCGGCGCCAACCCCGCCGUGGUAGCUCAGGGCACGGCCACAGCGGUCGGCCCCGGGGUGGCACCGCCUUCCACCUCCACCCCCUCCAACCCCCCCAACCCCUCCUCGUUGCCCCUCUCCCAGCUCCUCCUCUCGCCCUCGGGCCUGUGCCAGGCAGCGCGCCACGCUGGCACGGUCACCACGAUGUCGCAGGCUGCCACCGUCACCCACAUCCUGGUGCCCACCUCCAGCGUGCCGACGUCCUCGCAGGGCUACGCGGUGGCCACGGUGGCGCCCAAGGCCAACCUGGCCGCGCAGACGCUGGUGGUGCAGCCCAUGCAGCAGCAGCAGCCACAGCAGCAGGGGGGCACGGGUGUGGCCAACCUCGCCGCUGGCACGACGAGUGACAACAAGCUGGCGCACAGCGCAACCACGCCCGUGCCCAUCCAGCCCAAGACCAGCAUGCAGCAGCAGGGCCACCGCCUGCCCCUGCAGAUGUCCCCGCGACACCCCCUGGCCCCCAUCCUGCCCGCCCCCGCACCCAGCAACGGGCAACCGGGAGCCGGGGCAGGAGGGGGGCAUCACCCUCCCCAUGUCCCAGUGCAGCUGGUGGGGGCCAGGCAGGGCACGCUAGGAAACUCCCAGGCUGUGGCGCUGGCGCAGGCCCGAAACUGCUUCGCUGCUCAAGACAGCGGUGGCACCCUGGCAAACAACAAUAACACCGUAUCCAAUGGCAAUGUAGGAGGCGGGGCUGGCAGCAUGGUCGCCAUGGUUGCGUCCAUGGAGACGGGGGUGGGGGGGAUGUGCCUUAAGGCGGCCCAGAAUGCUGUGCCCCUCGGACAGCAAGGGGGAGCGCUGAACGCCAACCUCACCACCACCUCCUCCUCUUCCUCCUCCAACACGCUGCCCGUCUCCAUCACACACUCCAUGGACGGUCACGCGCACGCACACAACCUGGUGUCUGUGGUGGCACCCUCGUCUGGCGACUCUGUGUUCCUGCAGUCUGGACCUACUCUGACAAAGCCUAUGAUUGGCUCUCUAAAGCGGAAGGCGGAUUCAGACAUGCCCAGUGAUCUAUCAGGAGACCCCCACUGCUGUCCGUCAACACGUGACUCCGCACCUCCCCUCUCACCAGCCCCCAGCCUCGACACAGCUCCCGAGCCGGCUGCGUUUUCCUCUCCCCCCACACUGCUGCCUCUGCCUCGUGGUGGCGGUUGUCAGGGAGAUCGUGCGCCCCUCCCCCAGGCGGUGGUCAAGCCCCAGGUGCUCACACACCUCAUCGAAGGCUUCGUCAUCCAGGAGGGCGCUGAACCUUUCCCUGUGACUGGCCUAGUGAAGGAGCGAGCAGAGGGUUCCAUGCCCGUGUCUGGAUCACCCAACAUCCAAUCAGAGUCCAGAGGCUCAGCAGUUCUCAAGUGCGAGUACUGCCAGAACUAUGCCCCGGCCAGCCAGUUCGGAGGGACCAAGCGCUUCUGCUCCAAGACCUGUGCAAAGAGGUACAACGUGAGCUGCAGCCAGCACUUUCGCAGCAGCAGGGGCAGAGUGGGCGGCACCGGGCCUCCCCCCGCCCCCACAGAGAAGGACCCCGUGGCCCGACGCAGGGGGCCUCGAAGGAGCAGCUCGGAGAUUGCCUGCGCAAAAAUAGCCGGCAGGCAUUUGCCAAUGAAGUGUCGGUCAGAGUCCAGUCGCUCUGAGGACGUGUCCAGCUGUGAUGGGGAGGAAGAGGAGGACGACUCCCUGUCCCUCUCCCCCAGCUCCUCCUUCUCCUGCCCGCCCAGCGCCCACUGCGGGCCCCCAUUGGACGGCUCGGCACCAGGCGGCCUGCCAUUGGACAGCUCGCACUUCCUGUCAGGCAGUCCCGCCCACUGGAGCGUGGACGAAGUGUGCCGCUUCAUCUCAUCUCUGCAAGGCUGCGAGGACCUGGCGCCGCAGUUCCUGUCCCAGGAGAUUGACGGGCAGGCUCUGCUGCUGCUGAAGGAGGAACACCUCAUGUCCACCAUGAACAUCAAGCUGGGACCCGCGCUCAAGAUCUGCGCCUCCAUCAACAGUCUCAGAGACUGAGGGAGA